AUGGCUUCAAAGAUGGCUCUGGGCACCAAGGCCGUCAGGCCGAUGGUGCAGGGCGUGCGGGCCCCGCAGCGGGCCCCCCAGACCGCACGCAUGGUCGCGAUGGACGCGUCGAUCCAGUUCAUCAAGGGCAUCGACGAGUCCUGCAUCCCGGACGUGCGGCUGACGCGCAGCCGCGACGGCGCGAGCGGCACGGCGACCUUUGUGUUUGAGCAGCCGUCGGUGUUCGAGGCAGGGAACGACCUGGGCGACAUCACGGGCCUCUACAUGGUGGACAGCGAGGGCGAGAUCGCCACGGUGGAGGUGCAGGCCAAGUUCAUCAACGGCAAGCCGAGCAGCAUCGAGGCGCGCCACAUCAUGCGGUCGCCGAUGGAGUGGGAGCGCUUCAUGCGCUUCAUGGAGCGGUACGCGGAGGACCAGGGGCUCGGGUUCAACAAGGCGAAGUGA